AAAUGCAGACGGGGUCUCCAAGAUGGUCAUCAGUUAAUCGGUUACGUUCGCUCGGUGCACCUCUAGCUUCCUCAGAUUAGUGACCCCAGUGAAGAUGAAACCCUCUGCCUUUGUCGUUGUGGCUGCUCUCAGCUUGGUUGUGGUCAGUGGACGCCCGGGCGCCCAGUAUCUGCCACCUCUGCCGGCCAAGGAGGUGUCCGCUGCGCCGAGCUUCCAGCAGUUGGUGCAGCCUCAGCUGGAACAGCACAUCCAGUCGCAGAUCCAGCCCCAUGUGGAGUCCAUUCAGGCGUCGGUGCCGCUGGCUAGCUUCACCAUCCAGCAGCAGUAUCAGGGUGCAGCAGCGCCAGCUCCAGUUUCCGUUCCAGCACCUGCUCCAGCGAUAAUCUCCGCUCCAGCUCCCGCACUUGCACCCGUAGAGAUCCAACAGCCGGCUCCGCAGGUGAUCUAUGAAGCACCCAAGCCGGUGAUUGGCAUCCAGACGGCGGUGAAGAACGCCUAUCUACCACCCACUCCUAUCCAGCAAUUUGUGCCCGCUCCGGAGCCAGUGGUUGCGCCCAUUGUGCCACAGCCGGAGACCAUCACUCCAAUUGCAAUUCCAGUUCCUGCAGUGCAGGAACAGCACCAGGUGAUCCAGACCUACUCCUCUCCAGCUCCUGUUCCCGUCGUCCAGCAGACAUACUCCGCACCCGCACCAGUUGUACAGGAACAGACUUACACCGCUUCCGCUCCUGUCCAGGCAGUGCAGCAGACAUAUUCAGCUCCCGCUCUAGUGGCCCAGGAACAAGUCUACAACGCUCCUGCUCUGGUAGCUCAGCAGACUUACUCCGCUCCUGCUCCGGCUGCAGCUCCAGUUCAGGAACAAUUCUUCAGUGCUCCUGCCCCAGCCGUUCAGCAGACUUACUCUGCUCCAGUUCCGGCUCCAGUCGUCCAACAGACCUACUCCGCUCCUGCUCCAGUACCUCAGCAGGCUUACUCCGUUCCAGCUGCAGUGGUGCAGCAAGCGGUUCAGGAGGCACCUGUAAUUCAGCAGAGCUACUCCGCUCCAGCCCCCGCUCCUGUGAUUCAGCAAAGCUACUCUGCUCCAGCUCCUGCCCCAGUGGUUCAGCAGACAUACUCCGCUCCAGCUUCUGUGGUUCAAGAGACAAUUCAGCGAGCCCCUGUGAUCGAGCAGAGUUACUUCGCUCCUGCUCCCGUUCCCGUUUCUCCUCGGUACAGUGGUACCUCCUUCCAGACUCGUCAGCAAGCUCCAGCCCCGGUUCAGGUGUCCCUUCCUGCUCCAGCACCCGUGGUGAUCUCGGCUCCCGCUCCGGCUCCAAUUGCUAUCCCUGCCGCAGCUCCAGCACCUGCCCCAGUUCAGCUGCAACAUUCCUUAUUAUCCGCUGCCCCCAUCCAAAUCCAACAGCCAGCCCAACCCAUUGUGCAGUACUCUCCACCAGUGGUGCAACCGCAGGUGACCUACACCCAGCCCGCUCCAGCUGCCAUUCCCCAGCAGGCAGUUCCAGUUUCCAGUCCCGAGGAGAUCGGAACCAGCUACGCCGCCAACGGUGGUUACCUGUACAAGUAGGAUGCCCGUGAA